AUGACAAGACGGUGCCUCAGCCUCCUAACCCCCCUGGCUCUGCUGGGACUCCUCCUGGGGCUCGCAGACCUCAGCCCCGACACUGCUGGCGAGGAUGAGGAUUAUUACAUGCAGGAGCUGCUGACAAGGGAGCAGUACAACCGGGUCCAAAUGCAGGAGAAGCCUGUGGCCUCGGUACCUGAGAGGCAGGAGCACCCAGGCCGCAACCCUGGCAAGAAGGUGCCCAAGGGAAAGGAAGUCAGCAGCAGGCAGACGGAUCAAACCACAGCUGAUGCAAAACCAGCGAACAGCAAGAAAGCGGAGAAGAACAAGAAGAGCAACCUGAACGCCGCAAACAGCAUCUCAGAGGGAGGACAAUACAACUCCAUAAAAGAGGAAUGCCCUCCUAUGGGACUGGAGACGCUGAAGAUUGAUGAUUUCCAGCUUCACGCUUCAAGCACGAAACGCUACGGCCUUGGUGCACACAGAGGUCGCCUUAACAUUCAGGCAGGCAUUUAUGAUGAUGACCUCUAUGCUGGGGCCUGGUGCGCGGGCAGAGACGACCCGCUGCAGUGGUUCGAGGUGGACGCCAGGAGGCUGACCAAGUUCACAGGGGUCAUCACACAAGGCAGGAGCUCCCUCUGGUCGAGUGACUGGGUGACCUCGUACAAAGUCAUGGUGAGCAACGACAGCCACAGCUGGGUAACGCUGCAGAACGGCUCCGACGACAUGAUUUUCAGCGCCAACCGGGAAAAAGAGAUCCCCGUGCGGAACAUCUUCCUGGCGCCGGUGGUCGCCCGAUACAUCCGAGUCAACCCUCUCUCCUGGUUCAACAGCGGCAACCUCUGCAUGAGAGUGGAGAUCCUUGGCUGUCCUAUGCCAGAUCCGAAUAAUUAUUACCACAGACGCAAUGAAGUCAUAACAUCGGACGACUUGGACUUCAGACACCACAGCUACAAGGAGAUGAGGCAGAUGAUGAAGGUGGUAAAUGAGAUGUGCCCCAACGUCACCCGGAUCUACAACAUAGGAAAAAGCCAAAAUGGCCUCAAGCUCUACGCCAUAGAGAUUUCUGACAACCCUGGAGAGCAUGAAGUUGGUGAACCGGAGUUUCGGUACACGGCCGGUUCCCAUGGUAACGAGGUGCUGGGCCGAGAGCUGCUCCUCCUGCUGAUGCAGUUCAUGUGCCUGGAGUAUUUGUCUGGCAACCAGCGGAUCCGUCACCUGGUGGAGGAGACCAGAAUCCAUCUAUUGCCAUCUGUCAACCCCGAUGGGUACGAGAAAGCCUUUGAAGUGGGAUCUGAGCUCAGUGGCUGGUCUCUGGGUCGAUGGAGCUCUGACGGAAUAGACAUUCACCAUAACUUCCCCGAUCUCAACUCCAUACUGUGGGAGGCCCAGGCCAAGAAAUGGAUCCCUCGCAAAAUGUUCAACCACCACGUGCCCAUCCCCGAUUGGUACCAGUCCACAAAUGCAUCGGUUGCCAUGGAGACGCGGGCUCUGAUAGCGUGGAUGGAGAAGAUGCCCUUUGUGCUGGGCAGUAACCUUCAGGGAGGGGAGCUGGUGGUGACCUUCCCCUACGACAAAACCCGCUCCCCGGGGGUGACCAGGGAGCAGACCGCCACCCCGGAUGACCACGUGUUCCGCUGGCUGGCCUUCUCCUACGCGUCCACCCACCGCCUGAUGACUGAUGCCAACCGACGGGUCUGCCACAUGGAAGACUUCGCCAAGGAGGACGGCACCAUCAACGGAGCGUCCUGGCACACUGCGGCUGGCAGUAUGAACGACUUCAGCUACUUGCACACCAACUGCUUUGAGUUGUCCAUGUACGUGGGUUGUGACAAAUUCCCUCAUGAGAACGAACUGCCUGAGGAGUGGGAGAACAACCGCGAGUCUCUUCUCGUCUUCAUGGAGCAGGUGCAUCGAGGGAUCAAAGGUGUCGUGAGGGAUCUGCAAGGUCGUCCAAUAGCUAAUGCUACCAUCUCUGUGGAGGGCAUCAGCCACGAUAUCCGCACAGCUGCCGACGGUGACUACUGGCGCUUGCUGAACCCCGGCGAGUACAGACUAACAGCCAGGGCGCCGGGCUACAGCCUCCUCAGCAAGAAGUGCGAGGUGGGCUACGAGAUGGGCGCCACCAGGUGCGACUUCACCCUCGGCCGCACCAACCUUUCACGCAUCAAAGAAAUAAUGGAGAAGUUCAACAAGCAGCCCAUCAGAGUUCCCAUGAGGCUGCCUCAAGCUCACAGGUCCAGGGCAAGACGCUUGGGAACAUAA